AUGACGGACGAAGAUUUUUUGACAUGGCUACAAAACAGUAUAGAUUAUAUGUUUCGCAAGUAUGAUUUGCUUCAAAGUGCAUUGAUAACCCCGGGAUUCACAGGGGACAAAGUUGGGGACAGGGAAGAGAAGAAGGAGUACGAGGGCAAUCGUACCUUAGCUCAUAUUGGAGACAGUAUUGUUCCAUUGGUUAUACGACACAAACUGCUUCUUAUUGAUGGAGUGUCCCGUGCCGUGGCGAGUGAUAAAUCGACAUCAAUCACUAGCAAGAAACACCAGGAGGAAAGGGCAAAUCUCCUUGGAAUUGCGGCUCACUUGAAAUUGAAUAAACGUUUGAAUGGAAAAGCGAGCUCUAAUACACUGCGUCGAGUACUUUGCUCAAUAAUCGGUGCUGUCUGGCUGGAUUGUGGUCAGAACUUUACAAUCAUAACGAAUGUUGUACAUCGUCUUCUGAUCGACCCGUUGAUUUAUGAUGAAACCACAACAAGAGGUUUCUCUGAAGGUGCAGCAGACAUUGUUCCAGGAUUUUUUGACGACUGUAUAUACAGCUAUGAAAACCAGAGCACAUGUUCAGCAAACGAUUCGUUAGAAAUGUUAAGAUGCGAUCCGAUCGGCGAUCAUAAUGAUUUGCAAAUGUUCCUAGACGAUAACUUUCUAGAUACAAUCUUUAGUCCUGAGGUUACGAACUUUGAUCAUCAACAGCAGGAUGCUUCCACUCCAAAGGAAACAGAACAGGUCACAUCUCUGGACACAGCGUAUUUGCUUGACCCAACGUUCAUCCCCGUUCUUCCCAGUGGCUCAGUCCAUAGUCCGAACAGCAGUCAGUCAAUGGCUAUCUCCGAGGCUGAAAAUGCUUCUACGGCACCUAUCAGAAGAAGAAAAAGAAAGUCGUGCAUGAACAGCGCUAACAGUCGAGUGUCAAUAUCCGAUUAUCUCAGUGAAUAUAUGAGAAUCGAAAAAGAGCGAUGCCAUAAUUUGGGCUUUUCGUUUACCCAUAAUGACUUUGAUAUGGCGAUGAAAAUAGCUUCUCCGGGUCUGAAGCUAGACGACAUCAUAUUCGAUCAACUGAAGAUGCUAUACUUCGCGAUUGGGAGUGGGGAGUCACUGGUAUCUCUGAGAAGCCUGCUUGAAAUCAGACGCCGCCCGAUGGCCAGACAACAGUGCAAGGAAGCGUAUUCUUUAACGAUAGUAGAAAGGAUGAAACAAGUUGAGCAUCUUAAUACGAAGAUUGCUUAUAAUAUUUUCGAGAGGAGGUAUCAUAUUUACCAUCUCUAUAAUGACAGUCGCUCGUUCCAUAACAAAACUAGUGAUGGGUUUGUUAACACCACGAGCCAAAGUAUAUUGAUAAAUAGUGCAUCGAGAAUGGGUAAUCCUCUUAAUCUUGAUGAAAGCCAGGUCACCAAAAAAAUGCUCCAUCUGUUGCAUCCUGACUUAGAUCAUGGUUCUACAGAAUACCAAAAAAAACUUCGAAGCAUCAGCAAAAUCAGAAAGCUGGGCGAACGAUUCGAAAUUUUGGUUAGGAAGUUCGGGUACGGUAUAAUCGGAUUGCUACCAUUACCAGUGGACGAUCUUACUACUGAGUCAGCGGUUUGUACCAGUGACAGUCUUGUUUCAUCCAGCAAUGACGCUGUGUUUCUAUCAUUUGUCCAGUGCCUUGAUAAAUUAAAAGGCAAGAUUCUGAAAGAUAUCAGCUCUGCUGUUUGCCCGAUUGUAACAGUUCUGUUUGAGAGGAAAUCAGAUCCGUUCUGGACAUUUCCUAUCGAACAAUUUGAUACGAAGCAAAUCUUGCAAUGUUCUAGUGGGUCACAACAGCUUCUAGAUUUGGUCUCUGGUCAACAAGACAUCAAUUAUUUUGGAGCAAUUAGGGGUGUGGAUAGUUUCUUCGCAUGCGUAGGUGAGAAUAGCUUUGGUGUAUGCGAAUAA